UUGCACAUAUAAAAACAUUAUCACCGACCAUUGACAUCAAUCAACACUUGGUAGCUAAACCAAACACACACAAAAUGUUCAGCAAAAUCGUAGCAUUCGGCGCUUUGGUGGCGGCAGCCAACGCCGGUCUUCUGGCCGGACACGGCGGGCUCGUGACUUCCCAGAGUGUGGUGCACCACGGUGGUUACGCCGCAGCUCCUCUUGCCCACGCUGCUCCUCUUGCCCACGCCGCUCCUCUUGCCCACGCCGCUGUGCCCAUUGCCCACGCUGCCCCCGUUGCCUACACCUCCGGACACGACUACUACUCGCACCCUAAAUACGACUACACUUACUCCGUGGCUGACCCUCACACCGGUGACCACAAGUCCCAGCACGAGAUCCGCGACGGAGACGCCGUGCACGGUUCCUACUCUCUGCUCCAGCCCGAUGGUUCCGUACGCACCGUUGACUACACCGCCAAUGACCACACCGGUUUCAACGCUGUAGUGCACAACACCGCUCCCGCUGUUCACCCCGCGCCCGCGCCCGCUCAUGGCUACCAUCAUUACUAAUUUCAAAAAAGAUGAUGAUUUUCGAGAUCGUUUUUUAUUUAUUUAUAAUUCCGUGCAAUGAUUGUGAUACUGUAAAUAAAAAUAGUGAUAAAAAUUAAAACAAAAAA